ACGCCGCUCGGCAGUCCCUUCUCCGGCUGCCGGUGGUGAAUCUCCUCUCUCCUCCCUAGGAAACCUUCUCCUCUCUUAUCAGAGCAGCCGCUCACACUCCAGGGGAAUCCUCCAGAGCCACCACAGCCUCGCAUUACCGCAGCCAGAAGAACUCAGGACGAUGGAGCCGCUGGUCGCUGCCAUUGACCAGGGAACCAGCUCGACGAGGUUUCUGGUAUUUAAUGCAAAAACAGCUGAAGUGAUCAGUCACCAUCAAGUAGAGAUAAAGCAAAGUUUCCCCAAGGAAGGCUGGGUGGAGGAGGACCCCAGGGAGAUCAUGCAGUCCGUCUACGAGUGCAUGGAGAGGACGUGUGAGAAACUCUGCCAGCUAAACAUCGACGUCUCCAACAUAAAAGCGGUGGGAGUGACUAAUCAAAGAGAAACAACCCUGGUUUGGGACAAACAGACGGGAGAGCCGCUCUACAACGCCAUCGUUUGGCUGGACCUGCGCACCCAGUCCACCGUGGAGAGGCUUAUUAACAAAACCCCCGGCCAGAACAAGAACCACCUGAAGCACAAGACGGGGCUCCCCAUCAGCACGUACUUCAGUGCUGUGAAGCUGCGCUGGCUGCUGGACAACGUGGACGAGGUGUAUGAGGCCGUGCUGAACGGACGAGCCAUGUUUGGAACCGUGGACUCCUGGAUCAUCUGGUGUCUGACAGGAGGCAGGAGCGGAGGAGUCCACUGCACCGAUGUGUCUAACGCCAGUCGCACCAUGCUCUUCAACAUCCACACCAUGGACUGGGACCCGGAACUCUGCAGGUACUUUGACGUCCCCAUGGAAAUCCUGCCCAAAGUGAGGAGCUCCUCUGAGAUCUAUGGCUGGGUGAAGUCUGGCUCGCUGGCAGGAGUUCCCAUCUCAGGGUGUCUGGGAGACCAGUCAGCUGCUCUGCUCGGUCAGAUGUGCUUUGAGGAAGGACAAGCCAAGAAUACGUAUGGGACUGGCUGCUUCCUGCUAAGAAAUACAGGGACCAAGCCCGUGAUGUCGGAGCACGGCCUGCUCACCACCGUGGCCUACAAGCUGGGGAAAGACCAGCCCUCCUGUUACGCCCUGGAGGGUUCCGUUGCCAUUGCAGGGGCAGUGGUGCGAUGGCUGAGAGACAACAUGGGCAUCGUGCAGACCACCUCCGAGAUCGAGAACCUGGCAGCGGCAGCAGGCACUUCUUACGGCUGCUACUUCGUCCCAGCCUUCUCUGGCCUCUACGCUCCCUACUGGGAGCCCAGUGCAAGAGGAAUCAUCUGUGGACUCACACAGUUUACCAACAGGAACCACUUAGCCUUUGCUGCUCUGGAAGCUGUGUGUUUUCAGACCAGAGAGAUCCUUGAUGCGAUGAACCAGGACAGUGGGAUUCCUCUGACCCAGCUGGGGGUGGAUGGAGGCAUGACCGCCAACAGGUUACUGAUGCAGCUGCAGGCAGACAUCCUCUGCAUACCUGUCGUGCGGCCCACCAUGCCGGAGACCACGGCCCUGGGGGCGGCCAUGGCGGCCGGGGCAGCGCGGGGGGUGGACAUUUGGAACCUGAGUCCUGGACAACUCCCUCACGUCACGUCGGAGAGAUACGAACCUCAGAUCAACCCUGAAGAGAGUGAGUUCCGCUUUGCUCGCUGGAAGAAGGCUGUGCAGAAGGCCAUGAACUGGGAGACGACAGAGACCUGCAGCUGCAACGGCAACGGUUUAGGAAGGAAGACGAACGGCCACCCCACCUCUCUUUCCAUCCCAGCGGACCCCUAAGAUAAACAGUAAGAAUGUUGUGGCACCACCGUGUCCUGUGAACGACUACAGGCCGAGACUGAAGAGGAAACGUGUUUGCCGUGAACGCAGGACUUGACUACUCCAUGUGACGUGUCCUCACAGAUGAACCUUCUCCAAGCUCAUGCACCUGAAGCGCCGGCUCAUCCAGGAAGAACGUGGGCCUUACUGCAGCAACCAGGGAUCAUUCUCUCAAAAAAGGGCGUCUUUAAAACCACCCAGUUCCAACUGUGAAUCUGCCUCCAACUCGGUGUGCAGCACCGCGCAGGGAAAAGUCAGAGAGACUGGCACUAUUUCUUUCUUGUGACUGCAACAAUAGUGGAUACUGUAUUGAUUUUUAUUUUUUAAUCCUUUAUUCUACACCAGGGGUCGGCAACCCGCGGCUCUGGAGCCGCAUGCAGCUCUUUAGCGCCGCCCUAGUGGCUCCUGGAGCUUUUUCACAAAUGUUUCACCUUUUUUUCUUUUUUUUUCCUCUGUUUCUUUUUUUCUCUUCAUUCUUUUUCUUAUCUUUUUUCUUCCUUUAUCCUUUCCUUUUUAAUCUCAACAUUUCGACUUUUGUCUCAAGAUUGUACUUCAACAUUAAUCUUGACAUUUCGACUUUUUUCUCGAAGUGCAUAAUGAAAAAAAAAAUCUUCCCCCAGUUCUAACUAAUAUAGAAACAUGCAGCAUGUGUUGUCUUCAUUCUAAGGCUGAUACAAGACUUUUCAUUGUUUGCAGCUCCAGACAUAUUCGUUUUUUGUGUUUUUGGUCCAAUAUGGCUCUAAAACAUUUUGGGUUGCCGACCCCUGAUCUACACUAAUGCUUGUAGUUUUUUCUGAGAUACACUGAGCCAAUGUUACAGAUGUUAGACAAGUCUUGUAAAUGGUUAAUAGGAUGUUUUUGCUCAAAUGAAUGAAGUGAAUGUACAGUGAGCUUUACUUGUUAAUCUGGGGAGGGUUGCAGCCCGACGACAGCGCAGGCACUUUAGCAUUUGUUCUGUGUAUGGUUAUGAGAGCUGUGCAGUUCUUUAAGGGAAUAAAAAUGAAGCCUGCUUUAACAAGGGCUCAGUUAAUUUUUAAACUCACAAUUUCCAAGUAUCACAUUUAUUUCCGGCUGAAGCUUCUCUGAACUGUGGAGGUCGACAAUCAAACUAAAGGCAUUGUAGUUGGUAUGUUUUGUUUGGCAAAAGUGAACUUGUGUAUCACCCACAAUCAUAAAGAUUUAUACACUGCAAA